AUGACAACGAUGUUCAUCCAACUGCGCCGUGUGGUGUACCUGUUGGUACUUCUGCAGUGCUCUCUGUAUGUGGAAUGUGUGAAUGCUGAAUUCGAACAGGCAUGGAACCGUUUACUGGUGUUGGUAAAGGAAGUAGACGGUCGAUCAUUGGUAAGAGGGAAGUGGUUGGAAGAGCGGAGGAGUGCAUUGGAGGCAUGUGAGAAGAAUUAUAAAGAAGCCGAAACUGUUGUGAAUGAUGCUAAAAUCCUAAUGGACGCGAUUAAGGAGAAAGUAAACGGCGAGACGAUUCCAGAUUCCCUCUCACCGCCCCAAGCAGACGUCGUGGAGUUGGUGAGCAGGGCCAUUGUAAUAAUACCAAGUGCUGGGAAUGCCUCUGCGAAGUGUGUUGCAUCGUAUAAAAAAGCGCAGAAUACGGAGAGGUUAUGCACGGGGCUUCCGGAGGGUAUUAAACAAGAUUUGCAGGAUUUUAAAGAAGCUCUAAAGCCUUUUGAAUCGGUAAAUAGUAGUGAAGGGACUACGGAUGAAAACGAGAAAGAGCUGCUUUUGGCCUAUGAGACGUAUUACAAGUUAUCCAACGUCUCACAGGAUUUUACAAGUCUGGACGCAAAGCGUGAUGAAUGCUACACCUACGCCGAGAAGAAUGGGAAGGAAGCUAAUGACGCCAAGACAAAAUUGAUUAAGAUGAUCGGGAAUCAUGGCGAAACAGUAAAACAACUGCAACAGCAAAAAGAACAAGAAAUGAAAGCAGCUAGGGAACAGGAGGAGGCAGAACAGAAGAAACGGAACGAAGAGAGAGAAAAAGCGGAUGAAGAGGAAUUGAAGAAAGCG